AUGCCGUUCGAUCCACGCACAAAGUCGCGCAACACCACGACCCUGCCCGCUGCCCUGCGCGACGAGCUCGGACUGGCAGCUCCUUCAGCACGCAAGCGUCACGAUCGCGCUCAGCGAUUCAACCCACACACUGGCUCGAGCAGACCUCAGCUCAAAGCGAUAGGUCGACCGCAGAGCGCCUUGAAUGGAGCGCAAAAGGGGGCCACCAGAGGUCCGAUCAAGUCGCUGCGCAAUCAGGAGAAGGAGCAUAAGGAGCAGUUGCGCCAGCAGCGCUCGCAUCCCGCUUCGGCUCCACCUCAGCACAAACAGCGUCGUGUCGAGGCGAGCAACACUGCUUCUUCGCACGCCUCUUCAUCACGCAGGCCAGAGACGAAUGACGAAAAGCCGCAGCAGAAGAGGAAGUUGGAGAAACAGCCGGAGAAAACGCUCAAAGUAAUCAAGAAACCCAAGAGCACCUCAUCUAAAGCAGCAGACGAAUCCGAACCCAUCGAACCCAAGACUCGACUCAACCCCUUCACCGGCGAGCUCGAACUCAUCAGACCCUCCCGAAAGAAGGCCACCUCAGAGAAGCCGACAGCCCUCGAAAAGAUGCUAGCACGAGCGGAGGCAGGUCCCUCGUCAUCGUCUCGAUCCCGGUCCACCGACAUGCACGCUGGUGGCAAAAAGAAGAGCAGAAGGAACAUGAGUCAGCAGGAGAAGGAUGAGGAGGACGAGAUUCGCUGGCUCGAAUACAGUCUCGGUAACAGCAGGAAGGGGCAAGAUGUGGUCAGGGAUGAUUUGGACGACUUUCUGGACGACCUGGACAAGUUCCAGGUCGGGAUGUAUGAUGAGAGUGAUAGCGAAGACGAGGAUGAAGAGGAAAGCGAUGAUUCUGGGCUGGAGGAAGUGACUGCGAGCGAGGAGGAUGAGGACGAGUCGGAGGAGUCUGAAGGGAGCCAGAGCGAGAGCGAAGCGGAGAGUGCAAGUGAGGAUGUGGAAAGCGAUGGUGAUAUGGAAGGGGUGGAUGGAAUGUACGAAUUCGAUUCGAAUGACGAAAACGAUUUCAGCAAUUGGGAUGCCGCUAUGGCAACGACGGACGAAGAAGAGCAGCAAGGCGAUGACGAUGACGAAGAGGAGCUCUCCGAAAGCGACGACGGUUCAGAGGCCGAAGAGGCUCGCGCUCUCAUCGAUGGAGCUGCAUCGACAUCUUCAACCUCAGCAGCUGCUGCUCCUACUGCGACUACCACCGCCACCACCUCAAAGUACAUCCCACCAGCACUCCGAGCCAAACUCGCAGCCGAAUCCUCUUCCGCUCCCACCCAUACGUCUGCCUCCGCUCCACUCACCACCGACCUCGAAAUGGACCCCAUCGCCUCCCAAAAGCUGCGCCGCCAAGCUCAAGGCCUCCUCAACCGUCUCGGCGACGCCAACAUCGAAACCAUCCUCACCGACUACGAAGCCCUCUACCGAACCCACCCUCGCGCACACGUCACCUCCACCAUCACCCAGCUCAUCCUCGACACCGUCACUUCGCGCUCCAACCUCGUCGACACCUUCGUCAUUCUCCACGCUGCGCUCGUGGCUGCGCUUCACAAGGUGGUCGGUGUCGAGUUCGCUGCCUUCUUCGUGCAGCGUCUCGUGGAGGAGCUGACGAAGCACUACACUGCGUUGAACGAACGCGGGGCGGGGGGAGGAGGGGAAGAGGAGGGUGAGGAGAAGGGAAAAGAGUGUCUGAACUUGACGGUUCUGGCCUGCGAGCUGUACAACUUGCACGUGGUGGCUUGUCCCCUCAUCUACGACCUCAUUCGAAUGUUCCUCGGCCAACAACCCACCACCACCACCGCCAUGGACAAGGCUGGCGUCACUGAGGUGGAUAUCGAGUUGCUGCUGAAAACCAUCCGAUCGUGUGGCUUCCAACUUCGAUCCGACGACCCCACCUCGCUCAAGUCCAUCAUCUCUCUCACCCAAUCCCGCGUCGCCUCCUCCUCAUCUACCGCCACCUCCACUCGAACCAAGUUCAUGCUCGAACGGAUGACAGAUCUGGACAAGAAGUCGACCAGCGGUGGUAAGGCGGGUGGUAACGAUGCUUCGAAUGCGAACAGUGCGGCGGGGCAACUUUUGACGAGGAUGAAAAAGUUCUUGGGAGGGUUGGGCAGGAAGCGCACUGUCAAGGCGCACGAAGCGUUGAGGAUCGGGUUGAAGGAUCUGCAGGAUGCGGAUCGGAAGGGCAAGUGGUGGUUGGUGGGUGCGGCGUGGACGGGCCAGAGCGAUCAGACGGAUGCGCAAGGUCUGACAAAGUUGCUGCCCAUGAACGCACGUGCUUCCACGCUGCAAUCCUCCGCUUCUGCGCAAACUCCACCCGAAGACCCGCACCACACCGAGCUGCUCUCCCUCGCCCGUGCACAGGGGAUGAACACCGACACCCGCCGUCUCGUCUUCAUCACCCUCCUCACUUCGGCCGACUUCCGCCAAGCUGCCGAGAAUCUGCUGCUGCUCAAACUCAACGACACCCAGCGUCGCGAGAUCAUCCGCGUCCUCAUCCACUGCCUCGGCUCCGAAUCCACCUACAACCCGUACUACACGCUCAUCGGUCAGGAGAUCUGUCGCAACCACCACGGCAUGCGCAUCACGCUCCAGUACUGUCUCUGGGACUUCCUCCGCGAGAUAGGUCAGAAGCAGGUGGGCGGUGAAAAGUUCUCCGCUGCGCUCUUCGAGAGCGAGGAUCAGAGUGGCGCGAAAAAAGUGGAUCCGAGAAGGAUUGGGAACAUGGCUCGGGCGUACGCAUGGUGGAUCUCGAAGGAAUGUCUGUCCUUGCAGUCGCUCAAAACGAUCGAUUUCACAGCGCUUCACCCCGUCCCAGCGCAGUUCUUGGGUCUGCUGCUCAUCCACCUCGUCCUCUCCAUCCAGUCGAAAUCAGCCGCCAAGACGCUACACCUUCCGACCGUCACAGCAGCGCUCAAGCACGAAAAGCUCGCCAAACUCGUCCAGGGUAAUCUGAUCGGCGGAAGCCCGGAUCUGGUCAAAGGGUUGCUGCUGUUUUUGAACACAAAGUUGGACGAGAGGUCGCAGAGAAAGUUGGUGCUGGGCGAGGAGAAGGGGUUGAGGGAGAAGAUGCAACCGCUGCUGGAGGUGGUGAAAGAAGGGGCCGAGGUGGUGAGGAGGACGGUGCAGGUGAUUGUGCAGCAGCAGGAUGGGGUCGCGGAUGGCGGGGAAGGUGGGGUGGGGAUGGAUAGCGAGGACGAUGAUGAAGACAGCGACGACUAUUGA